GAUGUGCCGUCCCCAUGAACAUAACCUCAAAGGCUUCAAAAAGAGAGCACGUGCAUCAGUGCGAUCGUGGAACGAGAGCAGGGUACCAGUUUCAGCAAAACAUGUCUUUAUUAUUCAACAUUUUAAAAGUCAAUUUAAGAACGUUAUUUUAAUCGCAUAAUAGUAGUGUGUCAACGAUUUCGUGAAAAAUGAAGAAAAAAGGUUUUAAUUGGAAAGCUCGAGAGGCUGGUGAAGUUAAAAUCGACAACUCGACGGUCAAAAACAUUGAUUUACAUAUAAAAUAUCGUGAAGAUGAGUACGAUGCAUGUAACGUCCUGGCACUUCCCAGUAAGAAGAGAAAAACCGAAAACAAGGCUAAAGGGAUGACUGUAACUCGUUUUCUUUCUAAGAAAAAAAGAAAGCAACUGGAAAAGAUUGCUGAAAAAAAAAAGAAAAAGCAAAAUAGAGCAGCUUUGGAGAAUAACUUAGCACAAGUUUCUGUCUCUCAAGAGGAGUUAAAAAAGUAUGUUUCGCUAACUACUGUGCAGACAAAAGGUCUAAAACGAUAUUUAAGAGAGUCUGAGAUAUCAGAGGCAAACAAUGAAGCAGGAGAGUACAAUGAUCAAAACGACGUGGUGAUAAAGACAUUGAAAGGUGCAAAAAAAAGACGUCUAGCUCUUGUUCAAGAAGCGGAAGCGGAAAAAGUUUUAUAUGAUCCAACUGUGCUUGGUUUGGAUGAACGUAGUGAGAGUGAUGACUCAUCUUAUGAAGGCGAUAAAUCGCAAAUUGAAUCAUCAAUACCGGAAGUUAUACUAGAAACAGAAAAAACCAAAGAUGUCGUUUCUUGUGAGAAAAAAUCUGCUGAGUCUCAAAACAAAACCGAAGGUACAAAAGUGUCUAAGAAGGAUGACGUCGAGGUAAUUGAAGUAGAGAGAAAACCAGCAGUUUUUGUCAGCUUAUCUCGUAAGCCGGAAAUUCAGGAAGCUAGACUGAAACUUCCUAUUUUGGCUGAAGAACAGGGGAUUAUUGAAGCUAUUAAUGAAAAUUCUGCUGUCAUUAUCACUGGAGAAACUGGAAGUGGAAAAACUACACAAGUGCCACAAUUUUUAUAUGAGGCUGGUUAUGCGGAAGGCAAAAUGAUUGGCGUGACAGAACCCAGAAGAGUAGCUGCUAUUUCGAUGAGUAAGCGCGUAGCAGAGGAGAUGAAUCUGUCUGAGAAGGAAGUUUCUUAUCUUAUUCGAUUUGAAGGAAACGCGACUUCUCAAACAAAAAUAAAAUUUAUGACCGAUGGAGUUCUACUCAAAGAAAUACAAUCUGAUUUCCUUUUGAAAAAGUAUUCGGUGAUAAUUUUGGACGAGGCGCAUGAACGCAGUGUCUAUACGGAUAUUCUGAUUGGUUUCUUGACUCGAAUAGUCUCUCUGCGAUCAAAAAGAGGUGAUCCUUUGAAAAUGAUAAUCAUGUCUGCAACGCUGCGCGUAGAUGAUUUUGUUAGUAAUCCCAAGCUUUUUAAAGUAAAGCCUCCAGUUAUAAAUGUGGAAUCUAGACAGUAUCCUGUAACUGUUCAUUUUAACAGAAGGACAAAUGAAGACUAUGUGAAGGAGGCUUUGCGCAAAACAGUUAAAAUACAUACUCAACUACCCGAUGGUGGGAUUUUAAUAUUCUUGACAGGUCAGCGCGAAGUGAAUCACGUGGUGCGCAAAUUGCGUAAAGCUUUUCCGUUUAGGAAAAAGAAAGGAAUACGACCGAAAGAAACAGACAAGAAGGCUGAAAACGUAGAAGCCGAAAGUGAUCAAGACUCCGAUACCGAGUUUUUUGCUAGAAGGUCUCGCAGGAAGUUAAAAGGAAAAUCACAAGUUGUUGAAUUACCUCGAAUUAGUUUAAAUGCCUAUGCCGCGACACCUACUGAUGGCACACGCGAUGAUUUGAUGGAAAUGGCUGGAGAUGGUAGCGAAGACGAUCACAGUGAUGAUGAAGACGAUGGCAUGGAUUUAAGUGGGGUGACAAAUGUACAACCUCUGUGGGCCCUGCCCCUUUAUUCUUUGCUAUCUAGCGAGAAGCAAGCAAAGGUUUUCAAACCACCUCCUGAAGGAUGUCGCCUGUGCGUGGUUUCUACUAAUGUUGCAGAAACUUCCCUGACAAUUCCAAACGUGAAAUAUGUUGUAGAUAGUGGCCGUUGCAAAAUGAGGUUGUAUGAUAAAAUAACUGGCGUAAGCACGUAUAAAAUAACAUACGCAAGCAAAGCAGCUGCUAAUCAACGUGCUGGCCGAGCUGGAAGAGUCGGUCCUGGUCACUGUUAUCGGUUGUAUUCUUCAGCAGUAUUUAAUGAUCAGUUUGAAGCAUUUAGUGAACCAGAAAUCCGUCGAAAACCUGCAGACGAUUUACUUCUGCAAUUAAAAUCUAUGCAUAUAGAUAAUGUCGUCAAUUUUCCAUUUCCAACGAAUCCAGGAGACGAGCAAUUAAAAGCAGCAGAGAGACGUCUUUGCUUGUUAGGAGCUCUAAAGUCAAACUCUCUUAGUGAACCUAAUUCUUACUUGGCGAAAAUUACGAAUCUUGGACAGACUAUAGCAGCCUUUCCAGUAGUUCCGCGUUACGGCAAAAUACUGGCACUUUCGCAUCAACAUAACUUGUAUGCUUACACGAUUUGUAUAGUAGCGGCACUUUCGGUUCAGGAACUUCUGGUGGAUUCGUUUGCUAAGGACAGUAAACUGGUACAAAUGCGUCGUUACUGGGCUGGAACUGGUAACAGUUUAUUCUUAGGAGAUCCAAUGAUUCUGCUACGAUCUGUGGGUGGUGCUGAACACGCGGCUUCGAAAGGACAAUUGACUAAAUUUUGUGAAGAGUACGGUUUGCGAGAAAAAGCGGCAAUUGAGGUCAGAAAAUUGAGGCAACAACUCACGAACGAAAUUCUCUUGCAUGUGUCGGAAUUGGAUCUUACUGUCGAUCCAGAAAUGCCGCCUCCGAAUGAUAUGCAGGCUAAAUUGCUUCGGCAGUUAAUUCUUGCUGGAAUGGUGGAUCAGGUAGCACGUAAAUUUUCCUCUGAGGAAAUGAAUCAAGGAGAGGGCAGAAGGAAAUUAAAAUACGCUUAUAAAACUCUAGAAAUGGAGGAUCCGGUGUUUAUGCACUCGUCCUCUGUUCUUCGCAAAGAAUCUCCUGAGUGGAUUGUUUAUCAAGAAGUUUAUGAAACUAAUAAGAUUUAUAUAAGAGGCGUUACUGCAAUUGAUCCUGAAUGGCUGCCAACUUUUGCGCCUGAUUUGUGCAACAUGAAUGAACCUUUGGUUGAUCCUCCUCCAUGGUACGAUGAGGAAGCUGGGGAAGUAAUGUGCUAUAUGACUGGAACAUUUGGACCCGGAGGAUGGGAGUUACCGAAAAUGAAAUUGACUUAUCCGAAGAACGUCGAUGGUGUUAGAUGGUUUGCGAGAUUCCUUCUAGAAGGAAAAGUGUUUCCAAAGCUGAAACGAUUUGUUAAGUCCUUGUUAACAACUCCUAGGAAUAUUAGUGCAUCAUGGGCUAAGAUAUUGCCUCGCAUUGAAGCAAUAACUAAACCACUCCUAUCAAAAGGUGUUAUGUCAAGAGAAAAACUAAAACAAGAAUGGUUAACCGAUGAGAAGUUUUUGUUAGGCGCUUAUCAGAUGUGGUUGCCGAAAUCCGCUUCCGGUCUAGCAGCUUCUAUCUGGCCUCCUUUGUAAUGCGAACGAACGUAUGCUGAAGUUAGUGGAAGAUAAGUUCCAAUUUCACUACUAUCGAGGACAACUUCGCAUCAAUCAAUUAUUCCUGCUUUAAUUGCUUUUUGUCUUUCUUCUUGGCCAAGUCUGUUCUGCAAUUCUGGUACACAUUAUUGAGAUCAAAUGCUGCUUUUACAUUAUCCUGUAAUAAAGAGUAAUAAUCAUAAAA